CUCGGCAGGCGAGCUACAGUGGAACUCAGCCUUGGUCGUCGGCGCUGUGCGUUCGGUGCUCGCCGCUUCUCCGCUUCUCCACUCCUGCCGGGUCCGCCGCUGCCCCCGCCACCGCCAUGGCCCAAGCUGAUAUUGCACUGAUUGGACUGGCUGUCAUGGGCCAGAACUUAAUUUUGAACAUGAAUGACCACGGCUUUGUGGUCUGUGCUUUCAAUAGGACAGUCUCCAAAGUUGAUGAUUUCUUGGCCAAUGAGGCCAAAGGAACCAAAGUGGUCGGUGCUCACUCGCUGGAGGAGAUGGUCUCCAAGCUGAAGAAGCCUCGGCGGAUCAUACUACUGGUGAAGGCCGGUCAAGCUGUCGAUGACUUCAUUGAAAAAUUGGUGCCAUUGCUGGACGCCGGUGACAUCAUCAUCGAUGGAGGAAAUUCUGAAUACAGGGAUACCACGAGACGAUGCCGAGACCUGAAGGCCAAGGGAAUCUUGUUUGUGGGGAGCGGCGUCAGUGGUGGCGAGGAAGGGGCUCGCUACGGCCCGUCGCUUAUGCCCGGAGGGAACAAAGCGGCCUGGCCCCACAUCAAGACGAUCUUCCAGGGUGUUGCCGCCAAAGUGGGGACCGGAGAGCCCUGCUGUGACUGGGUGGGCGAGGAGGGAGCGGGACACUUCGUGAAGAUGGUGCACAACGGCAUCGAGUAUGGGGACAUGCAGCUGAUCUGCGAGGCCUACCACCUGAUGAAGGACGUCCUGGGCAUGGGGCACAGCGAGAUGGCGCAGGCAUUUGAGGACUGGAAUAAGACGGAGCUAGACUCGUUCCUGAUCGAGAUCACGGCCAAUAUCCUCAAGUUCCAAGACAGCGACGGCACUCCCCUGCUGCCCAAGAUCAGGGACAGCGCCGGGCAGAAGGGCACGGGAAAAUGGACCGCCAUCUCGGCCUUGGAGUAUGGCGUGCCCGUCACCCUCAUCGGAGAAGCGGUCUUCGCCCGAUGCUUGUCGUCUCUGAAGGACGAGAGGAUUCAAGCCAGCAAAAAGCUCGGGGGGCCUCGGAAGACCCAGUUUAAAGGCGAUAAGAAGUCGUUCCUGGAGGACAUCCGCAAGGCCCUCUACGCGUCCAAGAUCAUCUCUUACGCCCAAGGCUUCAUGCUCCUGCGACAGGCAGCCACUGAAUUUGGCUGGACCCUCAACUACGGUGGCAUUGCCUUGAUGUGGAGAGGGGGCUGCAUCAUCAGAAGCGUAUUCCUAGGAAAGAUCAAAGAUGCCUUUGACCGCAACCCAGGACUUCAGAACCUGCUGCUGGACGACUUCUUCAAGUCAGCUGUCGAAGACUGCCAGGACUCCUGGCGGCGGGCGGUCAGCACGGGCGUCCAGGCGGGCAUCCCCAUGCCCUGCUUCACCACGGCUCUCGCCUUCUAUGACGGCUACAGGCACGAGAUGCUGCCAGCCAACCUGAUCCAGGCUCAGCGGGAUUACUUCGGGGCGCACACCUACGAACUCUUAGCCAAACCAGGGAAGUUCAUCCACACUAACUGGACCGGCCACGGGGGCAGCGUGUCCUCGUCCUCCUACAACGCCUAGGCCGGGCCGCCCGCCUACCCACCCACGCAGUUCCACCGUCGGGGCCUUCUGUCCGCCACACAGCUCCGCUCACACGGCCCUCUGCCCCACUUUCUGCGCAGAUCUUUAAUAGUGUUGUAAGAGACUCCUGAAAAGUCACCCCGAGCUCACCUGGGGGGCAGCGGUUCUGUGAGAGCCGUCCCGCCCCCUGCCCUUGCUGCCCGGGACCAACGGGGCAUCGCCGUGUGCCCCCUGAAGCAGCCCCCCGUCCGUGCGUCCCUGUGGAUCAGGGAGACCCCGAGCUUGCCUCGAUGGAGACCACAGAGGAGGGAUUGGGUCCUUUUUAUCAUGCAGCUGAGUCCCCUUUUCCUCCACGUAAUAAAAGCCACCUUGUAUUUCUCCA